AUGGCUGUAAAUAACGAUUUUGAAGAAAAUGAAGCUGGGGAUUUGCCCGAGGAUGAUGAUGGCAUUGAAAAGCAAAAGGAAAUUAAAAAUAAAAAGGAAGUUGAAGAAUUAGAAGAAGGCGAACUUGAGGAUGAGGACGAUGAAGAGGAAAUUGAAGAGAAAAGUUCUUCGCCUCCACUUAUGGUCAGCUCUUCACAGUCCAGUAUUUGUCUACCUUCCUUAGUUUCAAGUCUAAAUGCAGCUCAACCGAUAGAAUUGCCUUUGCCUAUAGUUGAACCUAUUCAAACAUUUAAACCUAGGGAAGUUUGUCGUUUCUAUCUUCGGGGGAUUUGCAAGAAUGGCGAAGCAUGUCGUUUUAAACAUUGUACACAGUCAGUAGUACAGCGACCUCGUAUUCAAAUCGUUUCAACCUCCUCUUCUUCAACUUUAAUUACAGGUGGUGGAAAAGUACCAAUUUAUUACAACAACAAAUUGUCAAAUUUAACAAGCAUUCCUCCGCCAAUUGGCCCUCCUAUUUCUUUACUCUCAACCGUUUUUUCUCCACCGCCAAGUGCUUCUUUGCUCACACGUCAACCACCGCCGCCCCCACCUGCUGCCCCACCGCCUCCUUCCAGUACCGAAAGUGUUGCAUGGAUGGAAGGACUUAAAAAAGCUCGUGAAUUGGCUCGUCGUCAAAAAGGUGGAGAAAUUCUUCCAAUGGAAUCGAACCAAACAAUUGAUGACAAUGAUGAUCAAAGCAGUUUGAGUCCUCCUUUAGCAUGUUUGUCGCCAAACCCAAGUCAAACUGACGAUUCUUAUUAUGUUACUUCGUCAGAUUUAAACAAGCCAAUGAAUUUCAUUCAAAAUCGUCGUACAAUUCCUGCACGUGUUGUUGUUGAAGCUGUUUCUGUUGUUUCUCGUGCAAAAGAUUUGCCUUCUAUAACGUCAACAAGGUCUCAAGCAAAGUCUAAUAUUCCUUCACUAAUGGACUCAAUGAUUGAACAUUCAACGACAGGAUCGAUAUCUUUAAGCAAAUUGCAAAAAGGCCAACAACGUCAAGUAUUAAUUACUGGUUCAAAUAGCAGUUAUUCCGAUCCAUGGGCCAGAUCUUCAUCAAAUUCAGUCGUUAAAAGAAGUGACGGGAAAAUAAUGAAAAGCCGUACUGAAAUGGUUGUUAAUGUUGCUGAACGUCCAAGUAGAAGACGUCGCCGUAGCUCUUCUUCAAAUUCAUCUUCGGACCAUUCCUCCCAACGCCAUGUUUCCCACAAACGUUCUAGCCGAAGAUCUGAUGAAGAUAGACAUCAUAAAGAAGCUGAACGUGAAAGAGAAAAUAAAUUGAAGCGACAUAGUUCUGAACAACAUAGUGAUUCUUUUAAUGAUAUAACUUCGCCUGAUGUGAAAAAAUCAAAGAAAGCUCAUAGCAGUAGUCGGAGAGAUGCUUCUGUUGGUUCUUCUGUGUCUUCCGCAUCAUUUAAGGAUUAUGACAAGAGAGAAAUUCAAUCAUCUGUUAUUAAUACAACGAAAAGGAACAGCAGAUCCUCUUCAAACGAAUCUUCUGAUACAUUUGCUUCUCUUUCUCGUGAAUCGCAUGCAACACUUGGCGCUUUACUCACACACAAAACUUCGACUACUUAUUCUCCAAAAAAUCGAUUUAAAGGGCCGAGAACACCUCCAAUGAAUGAAAGACCUGAAAGUAAAAAUUCUUCAUCGGGAUAUGAUGAUUAUGGAAAUAGAAAAAUUUCUGUUGAAAGUGGUCAUUCUUUUGGGUCAAAUGAACGUAAUGCCAGAAGACAUUCACAAACUUUAACGAAAAGUAAAAUGAAAGAGGAGGUAAUAGAAAAUGAUCAGGCGCCAGCUGCUUAUCGUCUUUCACAACGAAAGGAUUCUAAUUCCAGUCGAAAGAAAGUUUCCAAUAGUAGUGCAAAAAUUAAUAAAAAAUCAUCUGAUGGUGGAAGGAAAACGAGAUCUUCAUCUUCUUCAAGCAGUUCAUCAUCCUCCGAUUCGUCCUCUUCAAGUUCUUCCUCUUCAGCUUCUGAAGAAAAACUUGGAAAAUCAUCAUCAUCAAAAAAGCAUCAGCAGCAACAACAUAAACCUUCACUUACAGCUUCGUCAGUUUCUUCAUUAAAAAAUAAAGGAGGAAAUGUUGAAGUUCACCACCAUUCUUUGGAUAAAUUGGUACGUGAAAUAAGCAGUGCUGAAAGCGAUGAAGACAAGAAAGUUUAUUCAAACAAUUAUAAUAGCAGCAAUAAAAAGAAAAUAAAGAGAGAAGUAAAGGAAGAGAUGUUUGAUAUGGAUGAAUUACAGCAACAACAACAUAAACACCCUUCAAAUUCGUCGUAUAAGGAAAUUUGCAAUAAUAAUAGUAUUGAGGUUAAAACUGAAGCAAAAUAUGUUGAUGAAGUGACAAAAGGAGAUAAAAUGCAACAACAAGCUAGUAGUAGUAGUAGCAGUACAAAACGUCGCGAGCAGCUUCUUCGCAAAUUGCAAAAUGUAGAACAAGCCAUUGCUAGACAAAAGCAAAUGAAAAGAGAAGGUGGUAGUAAUAAUGUUACUGCAUCUUUAGAUGAAAAAAGGUCAAAAUUGUCUUCAACUAGUUCAAAUUAA